UUACAUAUUGCCAAAAAGAGUUGAGAGCUCUUUACUAAACCUGCUCUUAGUCGUACGACUGAACGUACUUAUAUAAUAAGUAGUAGACAAGCUGACACAAGGCAGGCGAAUUUUCGUUACAGUACAAAGUACUUAAAGUUCUGUAUACUUGUUAUCUAGCUAGAAUGGUAUCUGGUGAGGGAAUAUCGGGAAGAUUGGAAUGGAAGAUCAAUGUGUCUAAUGGGACGACGAAGGUUUUAGAGCCGGAAAGAGGGAUAGCAGCAAGGAUAUGGCAGAAGUUACAUAGUAUGAUUGUUAUGAAGACAUGGAAGUUUUUGGUGGAUUCAUGGAAUAUAGGUGUUGCUGAUCCUAAGAAGUUUGUUCAUUGUCUAAAAGUGGGACUUGCACUUUCUGUUGUGUCUCUUCUGUAUUAUAUGAGGCCUUUAUACGAUGGUGUUGGUAAAAAUGCAAUGUGGGCCAUUAUGACUGUGGUUGUGGUUUGUGAAUAUACUGUAGGAUCAACUAUAUACAAAAGCGUCAACAGAGCUGUUGCGACUGUUGUUGCAGGAUCAUUAGGAGUUGGGAUCCAUUGGAUAGCAAAUCAAUGUGAUAAACAAUAUCAGCCUAUUUUCCUUGGAGCUUCGGUGUUUAUUUUUGCUUCAACUGCCACCUUUACUCGUUUCAUUCCCACAGUGAAGGCUCGAUUUGAUUAUGGUGCCAUGAUCUUCAUCCUCACCUUCAGCCUAGUCUCAAUCUCAGGCUAUCGCGUGGAAGAUUUGAUCAUGAUGGCUCACCAAAGGGUAAGCACAAUUGCAAUUGGAGUCUCCCUCUGCAUCCUCAUAAGUAUGCUGCUAUGGCCUGUUUGGGCAGGCGACCAGCUUCACAAUCAAACUAUUAGCAACCUCGAAAAACUUGCCAAUUCCUUAGAAGGUUAUAUAGCCGAGUACUUCAGCAAUGAAGAAACUGCAAAGAUCCCUAAGGAUGAUGUGACCAAAAAGCUGCAGGGAUACAAGUGUGUGCUGAACUCAAAGGCAUCUGAGGAUUCUAUGGUGAAUUUUGCAAUAUGGGAGCCAGCACAUGGACGUUUCUACUUUGGUUAUCCAUGGAAGCAGUACCAAAAAAUUGGUGCAGCAGCACGCAGCUGUGCUUAUUGCAUUGAUAAUCUAAACAGUUGCAUUGACUCUGAAAUGCAGGCACCUGAGUUGUUGAAGCAACAUAUCACAGAGAGAUGCACAAAGUUAAGCCUGUUCUGUUCAGAGGUGCUGAAAGAAUUAGCCACAACAAUCAAGACAAGGAAAAGAUCAUCCAGUAUCGAUUUCUUAGUUGACAAAAUGAUCUUUGGAGUAGAGGAAUUCCAAAAUGAUCUUAAAUCCCUUCCUUGUGAUAUUGUUCUUUCAUUGACAACAGCUGAAAACUCUACUGACAGUAAUGGUGAGAAGCUAGAGACCCCAAACCAAGCAACUAUGUUGGAGGUAUUGCCAUUAGGUAUGCUAGUGACUUUGCUGAUCGAAAUUGUAGCCAGAAUUGAAGAAGUUGUCAAAGAAGUUGAUAAUUUAGCAAACAUGGCAGAAUUCAAGAUCCAGAAAGAAAAGAAAUUACAAGAGAUUCCGAAUGAGAAUAAGCAAACAAACACCCAAGGCCAAGAAAUAAUGAAGGCCAUUGAAGAGGUCUAAACUUUUGACAGUCAUUGACCAAGAACAUUUGAUUUGCUUACUUCAUGUAGAGAUCAUCUGGUCGUAAUAUACCAUGUGUUCAGUGCACCAGACAUUCCCGAUCUAUAAUUUCGACAUCUUGUAUGUCUGAAAUCUUCAACAUGCUACCAAUCAUCUACCAGAAUACAUGCAGAUAUAGAUCAUUCUAGAGCUUUUCUUGUUUGCAUGCAUGCACCCAGCUCAUGGUUUGAAUUGAAUAUCACAAAAUCUUGUCAAAAAAAGAAAGGUUACCUUCCAAGAGAUUUAGGCUGAGAAAACUCCCAAGUUGACGGUUAUGUGUAUAAUUUCUCAAACACAAAUAUAUUGUAUCUCCUAACAAUUAUCUACCAUCAUCCAUACUUGAAAAAUCUACAAAAAA